CUGGCAGUCAGCCGACCUCCAUCUUAGUCCACUGAGAACUGUCUUCUCAAUUUAAGUUCCCUGCUUACAGCUCAUUGUGCUUUUUCAACGUCAUGGUACCGUUGUUUCUCUUGGGGGUAUCGAAUGACCACCGUAUCCUCCAAGCCCCUGCGUUGGCUUUGGCACCUACUACGUAUGUCUACUGAUCUAUUAUCUUGACCUGCGAAUCCGUUGCCCUCACAAGAUGGAUGAUCUAGAAGUAGGAGCUUCAAACGAGCUGGAACAAAGGAAAGAGUUGCUUCCAGAACAUCAACUAUUAGCCCCUUGCAUGGUACCUCGAUCGAGAAGUGAUUCAAUGUACUCGGAGCUAUCCCGUACAUCUACUCAAUACGACGUCAAAGCCAGGUUGAAAUACAGUGAUGCGCAACUUAGGUCGCGAAUAGGGACUCUAAAUGGCAGUCCGUGGUCUGAAACCGUUGAACCCAAGGCUCAGAAACAACACUACAUUAACUAUCAUGAGCGCAGACGAAAUUUAGGUCUAGAUCCAGAUCCAGAUAUACCGGAUUGGACAAAUGUAGAAGCGAUGCAUCGAAAGGGACACCGCCGCGGCCUUCCCCUACUUGUGAGAGCUCACGAAGAAUUGGAAAAUAUCAUGGCCUGCUACGAUACUGGAACCCAUGAGAAUCACAUAUCUUAUGCCAAAGCCAUCGAUAUGGGUUAUGUCGUCGAAUCAAGCCCCGGUAUCGAAGUAUGUUUCCAGCUCCCAAACGGAAAAAUCAUCAAGUCUUUGGGUUACGUCGACAUCAUGGUUCAGUUCGCUAGAGACGUAGGACCAGAGAUGUCCCCUAUGAUAUGCCGAUUCAACGUUUUCGAGAGGCUGGCUUUGCCGGUGCUCAUCGGCAUGGCCUUCCUCAGAGCCACAGAGACCAUAACCAAGUACACCUCACGCAUGGUAGACCUACCCGGAACUUGGAAGCGCUCUCUCCGUUUGUGUUCGAUGGGAAAUGCGACAAAUCAAGUUUCGUGUAUCAUUGAGGGGCGAAGAAUCUCAGCCGCUGCGGACACUGGAUCUGAGAUCGCCUUGAUCAGUGGCACAUAUGCUAGAAAACGCGGUUUUGUCAUUAGAGAAGGCUGCGAAGAGCUUGAGCUUGCUGAUGGCUCACUCGAAUACACCAGCGGGUUCGCAUACGCCAGAAUUAGUGUGUUGGAUCGCAGCCACUGGGAAAAGAGGUCGACGUCGAUAUCUGCGUCGAGAUGGAAAGCGAAGCCAGGAUUGAGACCCGACUGGAUUCGCUUCCAUGUUCUGGAUUGUCUCCAGCUCGACGUACUCCUGGACGAAAGAACAAGCGAUGUCUUGGAUGUCUUUCAGAAUGGCUUCGUCGAGUUCAUGUCGGAUGCGCCUGACGUUGUACCCAGCAUAUCUCCAAUUAUCCACCUAGGCUCUGUGGAAGCUUCUCUUGCACGGGCGAGCGACAAAGUGAGCAAAAAGACCAAAGAAUUGAGCAGCUCGAUCCGGUCACAAUGUACCUCAGCAUUCUCAAAGUCAGCAUCUUCGCCUAGCGCUGCAAGUACAGUGAGUCCAGCAGGGCCAAACGAUGCUACAUCGCAAGCUCGUGCCAAGCAGAUACCUACCCUCAUCAGCGAGCUAGAUCAAGCAGAAAACCGCCGGCUUGAUCAAACAGAGCGAAGAGGUCCAUCUGCUGGGGAUGAUGCACAAAAGCAACGGUAUGAACUUGAACGGACAAAGCUUUUGGACGGACUGCGGGAAUUGAAUGGCACACAAGUGCGUUGAGCAGCUCACACUCCUGCGAGUUGCGCAGAAUACAAUUGAAACACCA